AUGGUUACAGCAGUCUCGCUGAUCACUGGCGGAGUGCGAAAGGAUCAUGUAGCUCCAGUCUACAUCACCAACCUUCUGAUUUCUGAUCCACUUCAGCUCUGCUGCAUGGCUGUUUUCCUCACCACCCAAUCAGAUGCUGCCAGAUUUAUCUACUUCUUUGGUCUGAUUUCCAGCAUUGGAUCCAUGGUUUGUGUUUCCCUAGAAAGAUAUUUGGCCAUCACCCAGCCACUGUGGUACAGAUUCUGAAGAAACAUCAACACCUCUGUGGUGGUCUGCGUCAUGGUCUGGGCCAUCCCCUGGAUUUAUGCCCUCCCUCUCUAUUUCAAGGCUAAUUUUCCAGUUAUAGUCACCAUUUGUGGGGUCUUCCUCCUCCUGCCCCUCCCCCUGUUCAUCUUCUUCCUGGUUGGGACCAUUAAAGCCCUGUCUGCAGCUCGCAGCGUCCCUGCUGAUGAAAAACGAAGAAUUGUGGCCAUUCUGGUUGUGCUGCUGUUUAUUUACAUGCUCCUGUUCCUGCCCAGCAUCAUUUGGUUUUUAGCAGGCAAACACAGAUGUAACCAGAGUUUCUACAACGCGGCUUUCACUUUGCUUAUCUUCAGUCCUCUUGCAGACUUGGUUAUGUAUAUUUUAAUCCGGAAAAGUGUCAUGGACAAGUUUUUGGCCUCACUGUGUUGCUGUAAAAUGUCUAACAAUCCUCAGACGAGCAGCAUGAGUAAUGACAGCAUGUCAGCUUCUUCUAAUCAGGUUGUAUGA